UCGAAUAUUUUGUGCAGCAAAACAUUCUGAUUUCAACUGGAAUAAUGGACAAAAGCAAGGUUGAUUUCGACGAACUUUUGCCCUACCCUACAUCAGAACGAUCGGUCAUCCUGUUCGGUCGAGAUUUGAGUCAGAUUCCCUGUUUCAGGAGCAGUUUUCUGUACGGUAUCAGUGUUGGGAUAGCAGGUGGCCUCGCCGCUUUUAUGAAAACUUCUCGACCCCAACUGUCGACUCAUGUAGGCUUUGGCACUUUCAUGGGAACUACUCUGUGCUAUUUUUUCGUAUGCCGCUACAAUUGGUCCAAACAGAGUGAACAUGUGGAGGAGCUUCAGAAGUUGAUGCAGCAACAUGCGAUGUACGAAGGAACCGAGAAAGAAAGAGAGCUUGACCGAAAAGCGGAAUCUGUAUAGUUGAGUGUUGCGUU